UGGAGCAGGGACACAGGAAUCAUGGUGAAGUCCCGGGACAGCCGCAUCCCUCUCUGUGUCUCUCUUCCCCAGCACGACCACAGCGGCCCAGUGGAGGAAGAUUUUCAAGUGAUGAAACUGCAGAGAGUAACCGCAGCCUCUCCCCAUCAUUUACAGGGAGGCAGGGCCAAACUGAAAUUCACUCCUCUUGACAUGGAGUCUAGAGUUCUUCUUUGGUAACAUUUUGAUGGAUGAAACCACUAGCCCCCCCCCCCCCCACAUCUUUUGAAAUUCCUCGUGGAGCCUAAUGUUUGCUGUUCUCUGAACUUGGAGCCAGAAUCAACUGACCUUCGUCCUUGGGCAGAGACCUAGUAGUCCAUGGGCCGAAUCUAGAUCCUCAAAGGGAAAGCAGGUCUGAGCUCUUGCUGUUUGAAGUGGGAAGCCUCAUCUCAUGCUAUAGGCCUGCCAGGGCCCAGGAGAGCUCAACCCACCCAGCUCCCCCACAGCCAUGGAGGUGGCUCAGCAUGUGGAGGUGUGGAAGCAGGUGUUUCAGGAAUUAAUUCAGGAGGUUAAACCAUGGCACAAAUGGACCCUGACUCCAGACAAGGACCUUCUUCCCAACGUCCUGAAGCCAGGAUGGAUGCAAUACCAGCACUGGGGCUUUGCCAGGUUCCAGUGUUCCUCCUGCUCUCGCGGUUGGGCCUCUGCCCACGUUCAGGUUCUCUUCCACAUGCACUGGAGCAAGGAGAAGUCCAGGGGCAGGGUGAAGAUGAGGAUGUUUGCUCAGAGAUGUAAGAAGUGCUCCCAGCCUCCGUUCCAGGUUCCUGAGUUCACACAAGAGAACAUCUCAAGGAUCCUGAACAACCUGGUGAUCCGGAUUCUGAAAAAAUGCUACAGAGAAGGAUUUAAGUCAAUGGAGGAGAUUCCUACGAUCAAGGAAAUCUCUCUUGAAGGUCCACACGACACUGACAACUGCGAGUCAUGUCUACAUGGAUUUUGUGCUCAAAGUGGGUUAGGCCCUGUGGUACAGUCCCCCACACCCCUGUCACUGCCCAGCCCCUCUGAGGACAUCAAGCUGAAGAAGGGAAGGGCAUGGCCCUCGGUGUCCUCCCUGGUUGCUACGCCCAGGCAGGCUAUAAGCUUCCCCACUUCUCAGAUCCCAAGAGCAGACACCGUUUGCCAGGUGCAGAGGGAGGUCAAGAUCUGUCCCCCCUCGAGUGGGCAUUUCUAUUCCUACCCAUCUGACAGCCACACAGUGGCCUCCACAAGGAACACACACUGGUCUCCACAGUAUGGUUCCACUGGGAAAAUAUGUACCUGCUGCUCUUUCUUCCUUCUAAUCGUGCUGGUGGUGGUGAUUAUCAUAGAAAGUGUAUGAGCCUUGAAAACAUGAUGCUAAGUAAAAAAGUAAAUAAAAAUCCAGAAACAAAAGCCACAUGUCCUAUGACUCCAUUUAUAUGAAAUGUCCAGAAGGGGUAAACGUAUAGAGACAGAAAGUGGCUACCAGGGGCUGGAGGUAAGGGGAAUGGGCGAAGAAGCUGCCGGCGAUGACAAUGUUCUGGAAUGAGAUGGUGGGGGGUGUGUGCACAACACAACCAGUACACUAAAUGUCAUUGAAUUGUUCACUUUAAAAAGGUUAAUUUUGUGAUGUGACUCUCAGGUUAGUAUGAAAAACAAAGACCUUUACAAUUUUGUUCAUUCUUGAGAGAAUGGAGUUGGAAAAGUCUGGGACUCACAAACCAUCUGGAAAUUUGUGACACCCUCACCAGAAAAUGGGGCACAGACCCUAAAGUCAGGCUGUGGAGAAGAACAAAUUGGGUUAAAAACUUGGGUUCUCAAACGGUGGCCUCCACAGGGAAUAUACUCUGGUCUCCACAGGGUGCACUCUCAAGAGAGGUGAGGCAGGAUGGGCCACCAUGACUUUCUGUUUAAAGAUACGUCCAUUUAUUACGUACAUACACCGCACUCAAGGGCAACAGCACUGUGACUCAGGCCUGAACGGAGUUUCCCCAAUGCUUUUAUUUUCUACUUAAAGCACAUCUCAGGAACUGAUAGGGUCAGAACUCACUCACCACCCAACAGGGAGGGAAUUAUUCCAUU